AAUAGCUCAGUUAGCUCAUCUCAGGGGCCAUGUGCCCUGGGAGGUGGUUUGCCACUUUCACGGUUGGACUGAGUUGGAGAGAAACAGAGACCCACCCAGGGGUGGGGACAAGCUCCCUGCAACUCAGGACUUGCAGAUCACUUGCCCAAGUGGCUCCCUAGCUCCUGGCUUCUGGCCCGGGGCCUGGGACUCUCCCCGAAGUGGGGCUGGCCACUGUGAGGAACCGACUGGAGGCAGGGACCUCUUGGAUGGCCCAGGCAGUUGGGAUGCCACUUCUGAUAAAGCACGUGGUGGCCACAGUAGGUGCCUGGUUGCUCCACAGCCUGGCCCGAGCUCAGCGCUGCAGAAAGAAAGUGAAAGGGAAAAAGAACUGCGGGGAGGCGGGGAGGUAGGAUGACCAGCAGACAAGCUGCCACAGACUUGCCGCGGCCCCAGAGCUGGCGGGAGGGAGAGGCCACCAGCAGCGCGCGCGGGAGCCUGGGGAACAGCGGCAGCUCACAGUGUGCCACCAUGGAGUUGGGGCCCCUAGAAGGUGGCUACCUGGAGCUUCUUAACAGCGAUGCUGACCCCCUGUGCCUCUACCACUUCUAUGACCAGAUGGACCUGGCUGGAGAAGAAGAGAUUGAGCUCUACUCAGAACCCGACACAGACACCAUCAACUGUGACCAGUUCAGCAGGCUGUUGUGUGACAUGGAAGGUGAUGAAGAGACCAGGGAGGCUUAUGCCAAUAUCGCGGAACUGGACCAGUAUGUCUUCCAGGACUCCCAGCUGGAGGGCCUGAGCAAAGACAUUUUCAUAGAGCACAUAGGACCAGAUGAAGUGAUCGGUGAGAGUAUGGAGAUGCCAGCAGAAGUUGGGCAGAAAAGUCAGAAAAGACCCUUCCCAGAGGAGCUUCCGGCAGACCUGAAGCACUGGAAGCCAGGUGAGCCCCCCACUGUGGUGACUGGAAGUCUCCUAGUGGGACCAGUGAGCGACUGCUCCACCCUGCCCUGCCUGCCACUGCCUGCGCUGUUCAACCAGGAGCCAGCCUCCGGCCAGAUGCGCCUGGAGAAAACCGACCAGAUUCCCAUGCCUUCCUCCAGUUCCGCGUUGAGCUGCCUGAAUUUCCCUGAGGGACCCAUCCAGUUUGUCCCCACCAUCUCCACUCUGCCCCAUGGGCUCUGGCAAAUCUCUGAGGCUGGAACAGGGGUCUCCACUAUAUUCAUCUACCAUGGUGAGGUGCCCCAGGCCAGCCAAGUACCCCCUCCCAGUGGAUUCACUGUCCAUGGCCUCCCAACAUCUCCAGACCGGCCAGGCUCCACCAGCCCCUUCGCUCCAUCAGCCACUGACCUGCCCAGCAUGCCUGAACCUGCCCUGACCUCCCGAGCAAACAUGACAGAGCACAAGACGUCCCCCACCCAAUGCCAGACAGCUGGAGAGGUCUCCAACAAGCUUCCAAAAUGGCCUGAGCCGGUGGAGCAGUUCUACCGCUCACUGCAGGACACGUAUGGUGCCGAGCCCGCAGGCCCUGAUGGCAUCCUAGUGGAGGUGGAUCUGGUGCGGGCCAGGCUGGAGAGGAGCAGCAGCAAGAGCCUGGAGCGGGAACUGGCCACCCCGGACUGGGCAGAACGGCAGCUGGCCCAAGGAGGCCUGGCUGAGGUGCUGUUGGCUGCCAAGGAGCACCGGCGGCCGCGUGAGACACGAGUGAUUGCUGUGCUGGGCAAAGCUGGUCAGGGCAAGAGCUAUUGGGCUGGGGCAGUGAGCCGGGCCUGGGCUUGUGGCCGGCUUCCCCAGUACGACUUUGUCUUCUCUGUCCCCUGCCAUUGCUUGAACCGUCCGGGGGAUGCCUAUGGCCUGCAGGAUCUGCUCUUCUCCCUGGGCCCACAGCCACUCGUGGCGGCCGAUGAGGUUUUCAGCCACAUCUUGAAGAGACCUGACCGUGUUCUGCUCAUCCUAGACGCCUUCGAGGAGCUGGAAGCGCAAGAUGGCUUCCUGCACAGCACGUGCGGACCGGCACCGGCGGAGCCCUGCUCCCUCCGGGGGCUGCUGGCCGGCCUUUUCCAGAAGAAGCUGCUCCGAGGUUGCACCCUCCUCCUCACAGCCCGGCCCCGGGGCCGCCUGGUCCAGAGCCUGAGCAAGGCCGACGCCCUAUUUGAGCUGUCCGGCUUCUCCAUGGAGCAGGCCCAGGCCUACGUGAUGCACUACUUUGAGAGCUCAGGGAUGACAGAGCACCAAGACAGAGCCCUGACCCUCCUCCGGGACCGGCCACUUCUUCUCAGUCACAGCCACAGCCCUACUUUGUGCCGGGCAGUGUGCCAGCUCUCAGAGGUCCUGCUGGAGCUUGGGGAGGACGCCAAGCUGCCCUCCACGCUCACGGGACUCUAUGUCGGCCUGCUGGGCCGUGCAGCCCUCAACAGCCCCCCCGGGGCCCUGGCAGAGCUGGCCAAGCUGGCCUGGGAGCUGGGCCGCAGACAUCAAAGUACCCUACAGGAGGACCAGUUCCCAUCCGCAGACGUGAGGACCUGGGCGAUGGCCAAAGGCUUAGUUCAACACCCACCGGGGGCCGCAGAGUCCGAGCUGGCCUUCCCCAGCUUCCUCCUGCAAUGCUUCCUGGGGGCCCUGUGGCUGGCUCUGAGUGGCGAAAUCAAGGACAAGGAGCUCCCGCAGUACCUAGCAUUGACCCCAAGGAAGAAGAGGCCCUAUGACAACUGGCUGGAGGGCGUGCCACGCUUUCUGGCUGGGCUGAUCUUCCAGCCUCGCGCCCGCUGCCUGGGAGCCCUAGUCGGGCCAUCGGCGGCUGCCUUGGCGGACAGGAAGCAGAAGGUGCUUGCGAGGUACCUGAAGCGGCUGCAGCCGGGGACGCUGCGGGCGCGGCAGCUGCUGGAGCUGCUGCACUGCGCCCACGAGGCCGAGGAGGCUGGAAUUUGGCAGCACGUGGUACAGGAGCUCCCAGACCGCCUCUCUUUUCUGGGCACCCGUCUCAUGCCUCCUGAUGCACAUGUACUGGGCAAGGCCUUGGAGGCGGCGGGCCAAGACUUCUCCCUGGACCUCCGCAGCACUGGCAUUUGCCCCUCUGGAUUGGGGAGCCUCGUGGGACUCAGCUGUGUCACCCGUUUCAGGGCUGCCUUGAGCGACACAGUGGCGCUGUGGGAGUCCCUGCGGCAUCAUGGGGAGACCAAGCUACUUCAGGCAGCAGAGGAGAAGUUCACCAUCGAGCCUUUCAAAGCCAAGUCCCUGAAGGAUGUGGAAGACCUGGGAAAGCUUGUGCAGACUCAGAGGACGAGAAGUUCCUCGGAAGACACAGCUGGGGAGCUCCCUGCUGUUCGGGACCUAAAGAAACUGGAGUUUGCGCUGGGCCCUAUCUCAGGCCCCCAGGCUUUCCCCAAACUGGUGCGGAUCCUCACGGCCUUUUCCUCCCUGCAGCAUCUGGACCUGGAUGCGCUGAGUGAGAACAAGAUCGGGGACGAUGGUGUCUCUCAGCUCUCAGCCACCUUCCCCCAGCUGAAGUCCUUGGAAACCCUCAAUCUGUCCCAGAACAACAUCACUGACCUGGGUGCCUACAAACUCGCCGAGGCCCUGCCUUCACUCGCUGCAUCCCUGCUCAGGCUAAGCUUGUACAAUAACUGCAUCUGCGACAUGGGAGCCGAGAGCUUGGCUCGUGUGCUUCCGGACAUGGUGUCCCUCCGGGUGAUGGACGUCCAGUACAACAAGUUCACGGCUGCCGGGGCCCAGCAGCUCGCUGCCAGCCUUCGGAGGUGUCCUCAUGUGGAGACGCUGGCGAUGUGGACGCCCACCAUCCCAUUCAGUGUCCAGGAACACCUGCAACAACAGGAUUCACGGAUCAGCCUGAGAUGAUCCCAGCUGUGCUCUGGACAGGAGAAGGAAACCGAGGCUUAGGAGAUGAAGUCUGAGGUGUUGGUGGAGCUGGGAUUUAAACCAAAAUAUGUCCAACUGCAAAGCAUGUAAGUAACAAUUUUAGAGGGUAUAUGGAGGUGACCCUAAGUAACAAGGAAUCACAUAUAGUGAGCAAGCAAUUUGCUUUUCAGUUUUUGGUCAAUCCUUAUGAUUAUUUAGAGGAGAAAGUUCAGUUUGGUGCUAGUAUAUCUUAUGUUUAUCACCCGACAGUUGUUAAUCUCUUUUUAACAAAGAAUACAGGCCAAGGCCCUGUGUCUUUAGCUGGCUUUGGUAUUUGGCCAAAAGUUAAUAACUUUGGCAGUUAGUGUUUUUAUCCGUGCCAAGUGAUGAUGAUUUUCUCUUUAGUGACAGACAUUUUUUAAAAAAUAAAUUCACAUAAGAAAGUAGUUUUACAGACGAAGCACUAAAACUAGUGCAUUUCAUCUUAAACUGCAAAUUAUAAAGGGAAUAAUAGUAACUUGACAGCGGAGAGACCUGGCAGACACCACCUUCACCAACUGAUCAAAGUUAACAUUGCCAGAAAGGGGACAGACGGCAUGUGCCUCUCGAUAAGAUGCACUGAAGACACACACUCACUUCUGCAAUAUUCCUGCCAAGAAUGCCUCAUCUGAAUCUAAUCUCGAGUAUAACCAUCAGACAAACCCAAAUUGAGACACAGUUUACAAAACACCAGCCUUGUACUCUGCUAAUAUGUCAAUGUCACGAGAGAGAAAGACAGACUGAGGAGCUGAUCCAGACUGAAGAAGGCUCAAGAUUAAUGCAAAAGCUGAUCUGGGAUUGCAUCUUGGACCUCAACUCUCCCCUUUUUAUUGUUAAGGGACACUAUUGGGACAAUUUUUUUUUUUUCUUUUUGAGACAGGGUCUUGCUCAGUCACCCAGGCUGGAGUGCAGUGGUGCAAUAAUAACUCACUGCAGCCUUGAACUCCCAGACUCAAGCGAUCCUCCUGCCUGAGCCUUCCGAGUAACUGGGACUAUGGGCGUGUAUCACAACAUCUCACUAUUUUUUUUUUUUCCUACUUUUUGUAGAGACGGGGUCUCACUAUGUUGCCCAGGCUGGUUUCAAACUCAAGUGAUCCUUCCACCUCAGCCUCCAUAAAAUUUGAAUAAAGUUGUAGAUGAGAUUGGUCAUAGGAUUGUAUAGUGUAUCAAUAUUAGAUUUGCUGAUUUUGACAACCCUACUGUGGUUAUGCAAAUUUGUCCUUGUUCUAAGGAAAUAAAUACUGAAUUAUUUAGGAGUAAAGGUGCAUAAUGAACCCAUUUUCAAAUGCUUAUGAAAAUUACACAUAUACACAUGUGUGCAUAUACACAGGCAUGCAUAUACAAACAGAGGGAAGAGCAUGCACGUGUACAUGAGCAAAGUGCUAACUGAUGCAACUGGUGAGUUUGGGUGGGCAUUCUUUGUGCUCUUGCAACUUCUGUAAGUGUGAAAUUACUUCAUAACAGAGGUUUUUGUUUGUUUGCUUUUAAUUCAGGAAAAAGUUGCAAGAGUGCGUAUGAAACAGGCCUGGCAGAAACUAUGAGCUGGUGUUCCAAGGUUGGGGAUGGGGAGCCCUCACUGGAGGCACCCCUCAAACCCUCGGUACUGUGGCCAGGGAACCGGGCUGGCAGUCUUACUUGGCUUUGUUCCCUCGGCCGCCACUUCCCCAUUCUGUGCCUCCAUUUAUUUGUGAGACAGGGAUAAAGAGGUCUGCCACUUUUAUUGUGAUCUUAGGUUUCCCAAAAGCAGAGUAUGCUUUCAGAAGUUCUGGGAGGAAAGCUAGCAGAUAAACCAGAAAUAUGAAUAUCCAAAUUGAGAGAAGCCCUCACUUUCUUAGUUCGGCAAAACAGACACAUGAGCUGUAAGUGGGGCAGACCCUGCCUGUUUCUUGGCUGAAAUCUCCAGUUUGUAUAAUUCAGGGCUAAGAGAGCAGGGCUCUUGACAUCUCACUGUCUUGAGACACAUACUGGGGUUUUCUCCUGUCUGAAGACGCAGCUGGCACCAAUGUACCCUGUGGCCAAGGACCUUCUGGGUGAGCCUCAUGUCAGGAGCAGAGCUGGAGAGGUGGCCAGGCCUGGGGGUAUACUUGCCUCACUGUGUCACCAUUGUCUGUCUCUUGCUUAGAUGACAGCCACAGCUUCCUGGCCUGAUUUCCUGCAUCCGCCCUGACCCCUGGCUGUGGGAUCUCCCAUAACUCGAAUCUGACUGUGCUCCCGCGGAAGGUUUGGGUUUCUGACCUGGGCAGCUCUAUGUCCGGCACAGGGGUUCUGCUGAUAGCACAGGCCACAGAUUGGCAAGGAGGGACCAGGUUAGGAAGGAGCAGCUGUGGUUCCUAGUUGGGAGAUAACCGAAGCCUAGGAAAUCCUGGAAUAAGAUAGACCAAUGCGUCGAUAACCCUCAGCUCCAAAUCUGAGCUGCACCAGGACAAGCCGACUCUGGUGGCAACGUUCUCCAGUCUCUGCAUUUUCAGCUCGCUGUGUGCCAAGAGAGGGCUGGCAGGUACCAGCAGCUUUCACUUUCAUUAGGAACCGGGACGAAUAGUCCAACUGAGCUGCCUCUGCACCAGAACUGCUGGGAUGUGAGGACUCUCCCUGGCUCCCAGGCCAGCCACUGCGGCCCUUUCUCCUGGGAAGGAGGGAGCUCCCGAUUCCCCAUUCCCUGCUCCUGGGAAACAAUUAACACUCUAGGAAAACCACAGAGCCGGCUCUCCAGGGUUCUGGUGCCCUGGGGACCACAGGGCAGCAAGAAAGUUCUCCUAAGGGUCCUGGGGCUGGGAAGGCAGAGUGGGAAGUCUCCCCCAGCUAGGCUAGACCUGGACCUCCCUGGCACUCAGGCAGCCUAUCCUCUUCUGCUCACAGGAUAUAAAUAUUCAUGCAUGAGUAUAGGUGCAGGUUUGUACAUUUGCAAGGGCAUGGGUAUAACACACUUUCCAUUGUAUCCGACUAUGAAUAUGAGUGGUUAAUAUUAAUACAUCUCUUACUAUAUACAAGGAGGUCUAAGUGCUUUAUGUAUAUCUCACCUAAUCCUCACAACAAGGGAGAUUUUCAUUAUUUCCAUCUUCUAGAAGAGGAAACCAAAGUACAGGGAGGUUAAGCAGCAUGCCCAAGGUCACAGCUACCCUGGGAUGUGAACCCAGGUCCCUGGCUCUUAACCAUGACCCUAAUACUGCCUCCUCAAGUAGGUGCUCAGCAAAUGUUUGAGGAACUGAAUUAUGUGGGUCCACACAUAAGAGAGAAAAAAAAAAAGAGGGAGCAAAAGUAGGUGCACCUGUUCAUCUUGAGAUUCAUCCUGGGCCCCACUGUGUGACAUGCUCCACGCCCUUAGUCACUGUUUCCUGGAUUGGCGUGUGGGGAACACAUGUGACCACAUGAGAAUGGCUGAGAAAGAGCAGGACUGACUACCGGCGUUCCCCUGCUUAUGGAAAGGGGCGUGGAGAUGAGGCUCGGUCAGAUCAUCUUGAGGUCUUUCCUGGUGGCUUCCCUGCUGCUAGCCACCCCUCUCAUACCCUGGGGUUCUGAGCUUCCUCGGCACUUGGGGGCAAGGCCUCCUUGGCUUGGAUUUGAGGGUGGGGAGGAGGGAAGGCUGUGCAUGGCUUCCACCAUUUCUCCAGGCCUCCCCACUUCCCAGGGUCAGGCCCUGACACCCCGAGAGCUUUGCAAGGGUGUCCCUGAGAGAUAUUUCCUGGUGUUUCUGCUUAAACAGCGUUUGCUGCAAAAUAUGUCGAAGCAUUUGGGAUUCAGUUUUUAGUUCAGAAUAUGCCAAUGUUUUCAUUUGGAAGGGGAAGUGUUUCUGUUGAUGUGGUAAAGAGAUAAAAUAAGACGUUCCUCACCAAGUUAUACUUCUUCAAAGUCAAAUGCUUGGCUUGGAGACAGGGAUUUAUCUUGGGAUCGCAGGCCCUUAGCACACGGCCUGACAGAAGAGCAGGCAGGGUCAGUCUGUUGAACGAGUGAGUGCAUAUGCAAAGGGCCUAGACCCAGGAGUGCGAUAGAAUCAAUGCUCAGUACAGAUUUUGAAUGGAUUCCAUAGGUUCUACUUUUGAGAGUUGUUCUCAGUCUGUUCAUGUUUCUCUAUCUUCACUAAACUCCCCUCAUCCAAGCCUCUGUCACCUCUGGCCUGCACAACUAACAGCAUCCGAGGUGGUGGCCCUGCUUCCCCUCUUAUCCCUCAGCUCAUUCUGUCCACAAUUGCCAGAGUCAUUUUUGCAAAACGGGAAUGGGACUGUGUCAUCUCCUGCCUAUAACCUUCCAAUGGCUUUCCACUGCUCUUGGCUAUGGCCUUCCAGGUCCUCCAUGGUAUGGCUCCCACCCACCUCACUGACCUUUCCUGGGGCUGUUCUCCAGCCACAUGGGCCUCCUUUUGGUUGCGGAAAAACCAACUCUCUCUCACCUGAAGGUCUUGGCACCACUGGUUCCCUCAGCCUGGACUGCUUUUCUCCAGAUCCUUCUAUCAAAUUAAGGCUCAGCUCAAAAGCAUCAUCUCCUUAGAGAGGCUUUCUCUGACCCCUCAGCUAAAGCAGCCCACCAUCUCUAUCCUACCGUUUCACUUCUGUUUCACUCCAUGUCUACACCUACAGAGACCGUCUACUAGAUGCCAGGCACAGUUUUAAGUGUUGAGGACAUGGCAGUGAACACAACAGGGAAGCUCAUGUCCUUCUUGCCUGCCUUCAAAGUUCCGAAAAAAUCUGAUUCUGUUUGGGUUCCUACUAGUCUUCCUCACCAAGCGCCAAAGGGCCAAGGCUUGGUCUGUCUUGUUCACUGUGUUCAAUCACCAGGCACUGUACUGAACCAACAAGCAUUCAUUCUGUAAAAGAACGGACGGAUGGAUGGCAGGCAGGCAGGCAGGCAGGCUGGGGAGGUGUGCAGAGCACCUGGCACACACUCCCCCUGGCACUUGGUUCUUGCUAAGAUCUUACUGAGCUCAACUGAAGCUUUCUUCAAAGAAAUCUCACUGUGAACCCAUUAGGAGAGCCCUCUGCCCCCAGCUAUGCUGUCAGUAGGUCCUACCCCACCCUGUACCACCAUCUGCAACAGACUCAAUGUUUGUGUCUCCUCAAACUUCAUAUGUUGAAACCCUGAUCCCAAAUGAUGGUAUUGCGGGGUGAGGCCUUAGGGAGGUGAUUAGGUCAUGAAGGCAGAGGCUUCAUGGAUGGGAUUAAUGCCCUUAUAAGAACAGUAAGAGAUAAAUGUUUAAGUCCCCCAGCCUAUGGUGUUCUGUUAUAGCAGACUGAACUAAGACACCCUCUGCCUGUGGUUGUCUUGGCAAAGCCAGGUAAUGCAGGAGAGGGGUGGACUCAGCCUGCUUGCAGUGAAUGGCAUUAGUGUCUAUUUUCCUAAAGGAGCCCUUGCCCACCAUAUCUCAGCAUCCCCUCUUCAUUGCCACUUAGACCCUGUGCCCAGUGACACUCCAGUACUGUCCAGUCUCAGGGGCUGAGCCAAGGCGUUCCUGCCUGCCCUGUGACCCUCACCAGACCUGGCAGCUGCCUGACAGCUUGUCUGGCUCAUGUGUUCUCUCUAAUUGAGUCUAGCUGCCUCUCUUCCUUGUGACUAUGACCAAGUCUUACUCCUUCCUGGACCUUCAUUUCCCUACCUCUCACAUACACAGUGGGCUGGAUGCUGGAUGCAAAGCUCCCUCGUCACAGCCCCAAAGACAGGACUUGACCAUCUCAGUGCAAUGACCCUGUGGUGCCUUCUCCCGAGGACCUAAGAGCCCCCUGAGCGCUUGCAAACACUGCAGACAAAGCGAGCCCUAGCACCAGCUCCCUGCCUGCCUGUUCUGUGAAGGGAGCCUACAAAACUGGCAGCCCCUGCAGUUCUGAGCUGCAGAACUGAUGAGCUGGGGCACCCUGAAACCUGACU